AUGUGUAACACGAUCUCGCUACACUACUCUUGCAACCACUUUGCGCAAUUCCACCGCUCGACAUGCCGCAGCACCAUCUGGGUCACAAAGACCACGAGAAAGACCAAGAACCCUGCAAAAACCUCAGUCGACAACAAUGACAGCGAUAAUGGGACACCGAGCAGAGGCAGAACUCUUGAACGAACACCGAACAAGACAAGUCCAUCUUCACCACCACCAACUAAUGAUUCUACAUCUCCUCCGCCAGCACCAAGGCUUGUUUCCAAGGCAGCUUGCAAGAGUACCUCGAACAUUGUCCUCCGCACUCAACAACGAUGUGGCCCUUGCCAACGCACUUUCAAACGAGGGUUUCUUCAGAUCAGAAGAGCUAGACAGGAGCUUCCAGCACACAAGAAGCGAAAGCAUCUCAAGAGGNGCAGGCCCAUCUCAGGAGGAAGCCCUCUCAAACAUGAACUUACCCUGGAGGAACUUUCGAAACCAGAAAAUGAGGUUUUGACGGAUUCUACUUCAUCCGGAAUGGUAAGAAAUACCCACUCAACUUCACNNAGAAUGCCAACGGUAUCGCACGGCUGCUUCAUCUCGAGCCAGCACGCUUCUGGAGGUGUUGGAGACGCUUUGAUAACCUCGGUCGUCGCUAUGUAG